GCGCCAAUCGGGCCGCGUCUCGUUACGGGAGGCCGCGUGGUGGGGGCGAGGUGGCGUAUCGGGAGUGUGGGUAUCGUUCGAGCGCAGUGUCCCUGGAGACGCGACGUUGGUUGCUCGAUUUUCCUUCACCCUUCCGGUUUUCCACCGCUCGCGGUUUCCGGCCGCGUGCGUUUAUACGACACGGUGCUCGCUUCCGGUCCAUCCGUCGCUUUCGUUCCCCCGUUUCGCCGCGAUUCGUCGUGCACGAAAUACUCGCCGAUCGUCUCGUAAUCGACGCAGUAACGCGCUAUUUUUUCGAGCAGGGAAUCGGGCGGAGAGAAUCGGAUGGCGAGAGAUGGAUUCUCGAAUCCCGCCGGAAGGGGUGAGAUUCGGAAGGUGAUGUAGACAGAUCUCGACGGUUUUUUCGAUCGGAUGGAAUGGAAGAUUUUUAGAUUUUUCGGUCUCGAGUGUUUACGCAAGGACUUUUCCUCUCCUCGUUCGUUGUCAUUCGAAAAAUGGUAAAAUCCCUCGAAUUUUGGAGGAAUUUUAUGUAAGGAAGAAUCGAUUAGAUUUUGAGGAAACGUUCUUUUCUGCCAUUCUAGUAUAAAACAGGUGUUUCUAUUCUUCCUUCUUUUCUUUUUUUUUGUCUCUUUUCUCCGAGAAAAAUUACUGAAAUUGGUGAAAAAUUGGUCUGAGUGAGGGGAGGGGGGGAGAGAAUUGUGAUCGAAGUUACAUCGAAAAAAACCGAUUUGGAACGUUGAAAUUUUGUGCAAAAGUGAACAUCGAGGUAUCUGGGAAGGAGAGGAGUGGGAUUUAUGGAUUUUUCGAGUGGACUGUAAAUCUCUGUGAAGCAUGAGAGGGGGCAAGACUUUUUGAAGAGUUUCAGUGAGUUACAGGGAUAUUGUUCGAGCGUUCGAGAUUCCGUUCGACAUUCUUCAUACGAUAAAAGAAAGAAUUCUCCAUGGACGAACCACGAUCGUGAAUGAGACGAUGAGCGGAACGAGGAUCCUCGACAAUCCAAGAUAACGCACCACCAACGCAAGCGCCAACGCGAUAACGUCGAUUGGAAGAGAGAGAGAGAGAGAGAGAAAGAGAGCGAGAAGGGAUGUGAAAAACCGUGGAAGAAAGAUGCGAGGGGAAGAAGAAGGAAGGGAGAUUAACUAGUGGAAUUCGAUCAAGAGGGAGGGGGAGGAAUCGCGGUGGUCGAGAGAUUUAGGGGUUGCGAGGGGGCGAGGAAGGAAUUGGAGAAGGGAAGAGAUGCCUCGACCGUCGAGGGACACUUACGGCGAUCAGAAGCCGCCAUAUUCCUACAUCUCGUUGACAGCGAUGGCGAUAUGGUCGUCGAGGGACAAGAUGCUGCCGCUGGCCGAGAUCUACAAAUUCAUCGCCGAUCGGUUCCCCUAUUACAGAAAGGACACACGAAGAUGGCAGAACUCGUUGAGGCACAAUCUGUCCUUCAACGAUUGCUUCAUCAAGGUGCCAAGGGGGCCCCACCGUCCUGGCAAGGGCGCCUACUGGGCUCUUCACCCGGCAGCCCUCUCCAUGUUCGAGAACGGCUCCCUUCUACGGCGCAGAAAACGUUUCAAGCUGCACAAACCCGAUAAGGAAUUGUUGAAAUCCGAGCUUCAGGCGUUGGCGUCCGCCAUGCCGCCUCCUCACUCCGAAUCCUCGCCCGUCCUGUCGAUAAAUCCCAACGCGCAGACGAGCAGCCUCACUGUUGCCAAUCUUCAUCGUCUUCGCGACGAUUUGCUCCGUUGGGAGUUGCAGGAGCGCCGCCUAGCCAUGACUUCUGGCGGCAACAGCUCGCCAAGUUUCACCACGCCCGAGGCUGGAUCAAGCUACUAUCUAUUGUCACCAGAGGUUAGACAGAGACUGGCCGGAACGGACGAGAUCCUUCGCGGUUACGAGAGCAACCUGUUGCAAGCAGGAAGUUGGAGUUUUCCAGGCUUCCAAGUGUCCCCGUACGUGUCUCAGCUCUCCUACUUUCAGACAGACAUACCGGAAAGUAGACAGAUCUGCGCUGGAAACGCAGAGGCUGGUGUCCCCGAAAAGACUGACUCCAGGCUUUUCCUGGAGACCGCGAGAGGCGCCACGAUCGAGUCUGCCGAUGGUAAAGUUCGAUGUCCGCCGUUAGAGGCAGGAAUUUCCAAUCAGACGAGUAUCCAGCCCGGCCAGAAGAAGAAGAAGAAACCGUUCACCAUCGAGAAUAUUAUCGCGCCGGACGAUGAACAGAUUUCGAGCAAUUCCGAGGACGAGAAGAGAUCUUCGGGCAACCUUCUGGUACCUAGACCGCUUUACGCCGGAUUCUCGUUCGGCCUGCCCACGAAUAAGAUCCCGUACGAGACUGCCACCUGAAUUUACUAGAUUCGACUAGUGUCUAGUGGAUAAUUUAAAGCGAACUGGAACGCUGGUGGCGUGACGAUCGACGUUCAGACGAGGCGCUAGUGGAUACACAGAUUCUGGUGAUGAAUGAAACUAACGGAUCCUGUUUGUGCGCUUCUCUCUCUCUCUCUCUUUCUCUCUCUUUCUAUCUCUCUCUCUCGUGUUCUCGAGAUUUUUUUUCGAGCGUGGAAAGGAAGGGAAGACUUUUCUGGUGGUGUGAAAACUACGAAUCGAAAUGUUUCAAGAGGUUUUGCUUUUGGAAUUGAGGAAAUAUCGAGGAAAUGACCACAGAAGGUUCCUCUUUUAAACUUUAUUGAAUAGAUUAUAUAAAAUAAAGUAGUACGUAUAAUUCUGAUCGAUUUGCCGUUUCUAUUCGAAGAGAGAAUUUCUAUAAAUUUUUCAAUUAGAUUUUUUUUUUUUUUUAAAUAGAGUCCGUUCAAGUAAAAUGAGAUAUUGGUGGCAACGGUUCUGUAGAUUAUUGGUGUAAUACAGUUUGUAUGGCAUGUUUUCAAGUCUGAAAUUAGGAAGAGUAUAAAAAUGAUGGUAUUUAAUCGUAGGUGAUUAUACACGUUAUUUAAAUCACUUUUGUGCAAAAUAAAUUGGACAAAUGGUCAUAGUGAUCAAGCUAAUACGAUAUUUUAUUAUUAGAAUUAAACGUUUGUAUAGGUAUAUGUAUAUACUUACAUAUAUAUGUAAACCUUUAUAAAAAUUCUUAAUCCACAUAACUUAUCUUAAAAUUCUUGUUAUGGAUUAUUAAUAUUCAGCUGGUUGACUGGUCAAUUAGAAACAAUGGAUAAACUAAUUGAAUAAGCAGAGUAAGAGUUACUUUCUAAAGAAGUAUGUGAAAAUUUUGAAAGUUAUAAAUUUAUACUAUAAUAAAUAGUAGCAGGGAUAUUGGAUCAUUGCUUAAAAAAAAAAUGUUUCUAAUUGAAAAUUAGAAAAGAUUAGAGUCGAUAUAGUUUUUUUACCGAGAUUUUAAUAUUUAAAUUAUAUCGAAAUAUAUUUCAAAUUUCAUUCUUUUUUUAUUAUUUAUAAAUUUGUUUACGAGUCAUAAAAUAAUCAGUGCAAAAUUUAACUGACGGCACUGCUAAUGGUAAGUCUUCUCUUUUUCCUUUCGAUGGAACUUAAUUAAGUUUUUUAGCAUGAAAUCAUCUUGAGAAAGAUGAUAAAAAUGAAUAUAAUAAUAAUACUAAACGUAAUUUAAAGGAAAUGAUAAAAUUUAUUAACGAUGCAAAGAAACGAAAUACGGUGUUCGAAAAUUAUUUGACAGAUUAAACGAUAAGAUAAAAAUAAAAAUUUGUAUAAAAUAAAAAAAUAAAAUUAUUAUCUAUAUAUUAUAAUUCUUCCAUAGAUUGGUCAUGUAUCGCACAACAAAAAUGACAAUCCCAGAUAUAUGAAUUUUGGUUUUCUCAAAUUUUUCUUAUAAUGUAUCAGCAUUAAAUUAAAAACUUAAUAAUCAAAGAUACUUGUAUAAUUUGAUAAUUUGAUAAUUCUCGAACACCAGAUAAAUCGAGCAUAAUAUAUUUAAUAUUUAACAACGUAUAUGCAUUUAACAAGCAACGACAUUUUUGCCUGUGUAUCAUUGUAACAUUUUAUAUUCGUUUUACAAUGAAAAAACUUACUUAAGCACAAGGAGUAUGAGAUUUAUUAAAAAAAAAAAAAAUAAAAAAA